AUGGCUGUUUACUCCAAAUAUGAGGCCUUGAUGUGUAAGGUCUUUCCAUCUAGCUUAGGCCCAGUGGCGAUGAGGUGGUUCACCGGUUUAAAGGCGAACUCUAUUGACUCCUUUAAGAAACUCACCCGAGCUUUUGGUGCUCACUUUAUUGCUUGUAGCAGGGUUCCUUGGUCUUUGGGAUCCUUAUUAUCUAUGUCCAUGCGAGAGGGUGAGACUCUGAAGGCUUAUUCAGAUAGAUAUUGGGAGAUGUUUAACGAAAUAGAAGGAGAUUACAAUGAUGUGGCCAUUAGCACUUUUAAGGCUGGUCUUCCAGCUGAGCAUGAUUUGAGGAAAUCUCUAACUGGUAAACCUGUUACCAGUGUAUGCCAACUGAUGGAUCGGAUUGACAAGUACAGAAGAGUAGAAGAAGACCAACUGCAGGGGAAAGGAAAGGCUAAGGUGAUCCCUCAGGAAAGGAGGGAUUUCAAGUUGGACCGAUACAAUAAUAACCGACCUCGGAAAGACUUUGUUGGGCAGUCAGGAUCUGCCAACACCCAGGUGGUUAACGCUGUGUUUCGAGAACCCGUGCAACAAGUACUAGAAAAGAUUAAGAAUGAGUCGUUCUUCAAAUGGCCAAAUAAGAUGGCAAGAGAUCCUAUGAGACGCAACCAGAACCUUUAUUGCCACUAUCAUCAAGAUCAUGGACACACUACUGAGGAUUGCAGAAAUUUGAGGGACCAUAUGGACCAAUCAUUCCAGUGGUCGGGGUAG